AUGUCGACGACCAGGUUACCCUGUAUUCCGUCUAUUCGGAAGCAGCAGCUUCAUCUUGAAUUCUGCACCCCCGGAGUCUACGUGAGCCUCGCGCCUGGAGAUCCGACUCUGUGGAAUGGGGUGAUCUUUGUCCGCUCAGGUCCUUAUGCCUCCGCCAUCUUGCGCUUUCAAAUCCGGUUCCCAGAUAUCUACCCUGAUCUUCCACCAUUAGUCACCUUUGCAACCGAUGUCUUUCACCCGCUGAUUGUUCCACUCACCACAUACACAUUCAGCACUAGCUCGACAAGCGACGAUCCAGUCAGCGCGACCGACGAGGAGCGACUGCCGCCCGGCGGGUUUAGCCUGCGCCAUGGGUUCCCACAUUGGUUUGGCAGAGCAAAAAGAAGUGGUCUAGCCUCCGGCAAGUCAUCUCGAAAUGUGAGCGGGAAUACUAUUGGCACGGUCUCCAGCGCAAGAACCGCAUCGGGCGGCUCUGGGGCGGAAGGCAUUGUGGCUUCAGAGGGGUCGGCUACUGCCACAAGCCAGGAGGAGCAGGCUCCAGCGGGAGAUGAGAAGUCGCGGAUCUCCCCAGUACCUGCGGCUGGACAAUUCGCAGAGCCGAGGACGGUUGUGCCCGUUGCGGAAUUGUUGGAGUACAUUCGUUCGACAUUUGACGAUGAAGAGGUUCUGGAUUCUUUGCCAGUAGAGGCGGCAGGAAAUCCCGGCGCGUGGCAUGCAUGGAGGGCACACCGUCGGGGUGCGCUGGGUCCAGGCGAUUUGAAGCGAGGAAGUCCGCAGGCACGGCUCCCGGGGGAUUGGCAUUGGGAUGGAAUUUGGGCUCGACGAGUUCGGAAUGAGAUUGAAGCUAGCCAUUCCGAUCCAAUGCUUUUUGGAAGCGCUGCUCGUGGCGGGGGCGAUGAAAUGAUUCGAUUUUCGCGGCUGGACGACGCGACCUUGAGCUCAGUGAAGGAAAUGAUGAUGACGGUGGCCGACGUGCAUACAGAAUGA